UCAAUUCAUUCCGCUGUAUCGGUUGUAAAGGCGGUGAAAAUGGCUGAGGAUUAUAUCUACGAAGUGGAACGAAUACUGGCACGGCGCCGGACACGCAAGGGUAAGUUGGAAUACAUGGUACGAUGGAAGAACUUUGGAAGCGAAGAGGACACCUGGGAGCCUCUGGAGAACCUUGGAGACUGCAUGGAACUGGUGGAGGAGUUCAACCAGAAGACAAUGAAAGAUGGCAAGUUUGAGAGACUUGCGUCUCUGGAUCACCUCCAUGUACACAAGAAACUGCCUCAAGCGGGCAAAAAGAGACCCAGUGACAAUGGAGGAAAAGACAAGGGUGGACAAGGGAAGGAGCGUGUUAGCAAUGGAAGUGACAAGAACAAAGAGCAUGCGAAGGCUCAGGCAGAUCAGAAACCUGUGAGUAGCAAUAGCAGGACUAACAGCAGCACCACUGUAGGAAAAACAGCGGAUGGGUCAGCCAAAGCCCAGAAAAGAAAAAGAGAGUCAGACGUCGGUAGUAAGCAAACUAACGGACCCGUAGCACUUCCGUCCACUCAUGUUAUUAAGUCUGAAGGACAGUCUCCAGAGAAGCGUGUGAAGAGGGCGCACUCUGUGACAGGUGUCGGACCUCAGGGUACUUAUUCACCUAGUGCGAGUAGCAAUGGAAUUGGUUCACCACUACAACGGAGAAGAAUAAAUAGCACAAUUCCUAAUGAGGGAUUGCAUCACAGCACAAGGGGUUCACCAAACCUUCAUCGCACAAUGUCAGCAAGUGCAAGUGCCUACCCCAAGCUGAUACUCUCUCCGACCAAACUAACCAUGGUAACGCGGAGAGGUGGUAGUCCUGCUACUCUAGCCAACUCCUUAGCAGCCUCCAGUGGGGGCACGGAAGAGGAUGGGGAAGUCCAAGGGAGGCGAACGGCCAGCAUUGUGGCUAGGCGGAGACUUUCACAUUCGACCCCUGAAGAUCCCAUCGAUAGUCGGAGAAUUAGUGCAAGACAGAGUGAGAGCCUAUACAAAUACAAGGAGAUAGUUGUGAAGAAGUGCCAAGGGUAUACACAAGUAAGGCUUUUCACCACGACACCAACAAGAAAUGCUCUUAAUCUAAAGGCUUUACAGGAAUUGACAGCUGUCUUUGAGUUGAGCAAGAAAGACGACUCCAAGGUGAUCUUCUUGAGUGGGUCUGGUAGUGUAUUCUGCAGUGGCUUAGAUCUCAGGUGUAUUCAGACUUCCUUUGUGGAGGAGAGGAAAAGAGCGUCCAAAAAUCUUGCAGAUGCAGUCAGGUCAUUUGUAGAUAGCCUUAUCAACUGUCCAAAGCUAGUAGUCGUAGCGAUCAAUGGUCCUGCCAUUGGCCUAGGAGCAGCCAUUCUACCUCUGUGUGACAUCGCGUACGCCAGCGACAAAGCCUACUUCCACUUGCCAUACAGUAUUCUAAGCCAGACUCCAGAGGGCUGUGCAUCCCACACCUACCCUCAAGUCUUGGGGUUAGCACUGGCUGGUGAGAUGUUGUACGCUGGUCGCAAGCUAACAGCUCUGGAGGCCUGUGCCUGUGGCCUUGUAUCGCAUACCUUCUGGCCUACAAGUUUCAUGCAGGAAGUAGUACCAAGGGUGCAGAGGAUAGCUUCACAAUCCGGCAAGGCUUUGCUUCAAUCCAAACUGUUAAUGCGGGGCCAAAUGCGGGCAAAGCUUGAGUAUGUCAAUGAGAGCGAAUGUGCGGCACUGGAAGAGAGGUGGCGCUCUCCAGAAUGCCACAGACAGAUCAAACUCUUUGCAGAGAAUUACUCGGACAUGUGACUGUGAAGAAAUUACCGUGCCACCUCUCAAGAGGAAGAAUAAACAAUGGGCUGAUGGUGACAACCAAGGAUCAUCCUAGCCCAUGCAUGGAGUGUAAGGUGAUUUCAACAAGAGGCAAUUCUGUAUGUUGCUUGACUUGGAGGCUUCACCAAUUCAGCUGAUCCACUAUGAUGUCAAAGGAUUAGAGGAUGUCGGUAGUAGUGACGGGUGCUUAACAUCAACACAAAAUCAUGGAUGCUGUCACGUUUAGCUGUGAUCCAGCUGAAAUUGGAAAUUUGAAAGUGAUUCAGCCGCUGACAUAGGAGGAAAGCCGCGUCUGACCUUUGGAUGGUGAUGAUGGUCUAUCCCAAGUGUAACCAUGUUUGAUUCACCUGUGUCUUUUUAGAAACCAAACCCACGUACACGUUGAUAACGAUACAGUUUCCAUCAUUCUAUGGUAUCGCCAGAGAGCUUCAAACGCAAAGACACAUUCCUGUAUGUUAUGUACAGUAGCCAAUGGAUUAUAUCAGGUCCCUUCACCUGUCUGUUCUGUUCAAAUCCUCCCAGUCCUGCAAGCAGUAUCAGCCAGGACUCAUGCACUCACGUUUAGUUGGAAUGUCUACAUGUGGUAGCUCAAUAAAUGGACACGUCAUGAAAAUGCGAUG